UUAAGUGUUGAUUGGAUUUGUUUAAAAUUUUAUCAACAUCGAAAUUCAUGUUGAGUAAUGGACUCCAUUCCUCAGCAAUGCUAACAAAGCCAAAAUCUUCACUUAACCACUUUCUGUUUUCCCUCAAAUUUUCAAUAUCUUCCCUGCACACUUCCACAAAGGAUAGCAUCAUCCCCAACUCUGCAAAAAUCCGCUGCAAAAAUUCCAAAUUUAUUGUUUAUUGCAAUACCCAGAUCACUCAACAUGGAAGAAAUAGGAAUAUCAAAGAAGCCGAAUCGAUCUUCAACGGCAUGCCGUUCAAAAGUACUGUAUCUUGGACUGCCAUGCUGACAGCUUAUGCAGAAAAUGGGAACAUCUCGAAAGCCCGUGAGAUGUUCGACAAAAUGCCGGAAAGAACAACUUCUUCGUAUAAUGCGAUGAUCACAGCUUAUAAUAAGAAUGGCGGUAUGUUACAUGAAGCUUAUGAACUUUUCUUCAACAUGUCUGAACGAGAUGCAGUGACUUACGCCACAAUGAUCACCGGGUUUGUUAGUAAAGGAAGGUUUGAUAAAGCCUUGGAAAUUUAUGAAAUUACUCCUGGGAAAUGGAGGGAACCGGUUUGUUCAAAUGUAUUGAUAAAUGGGUAUUUGAAAGUUGGGAAAUUGGAUAUGGCAGUUGGUGUUUUCAAAGGUAUGGUUCGGAGAGAUGUUGUUUCUUUGAGCCUAAUGGUUGAUGGGUAUUGCAAGAGUGGGAAAAUUGUGGAGGCUAGAAAGUUGUUUGACGACAUGGUGGAGAGAAAUGUAGUCACUUGGACAACAAUGAUUAAUGGAUACCUAAAAAUGGGAUAUUUAAUUGAUGGUUUUUGUUUGUUUUCAAGGAUGAGAAAAGAAAAAGGAGUUUUGGUUAAUUCUACUACCAUGACUAUCAUGUUUGAAGCCUGUGGACAUUUUGAUAGAUAUAGAGAAGGUAUUCAAAUGCAUGGAUUGGUUUUAAGGUCGGGAUUCGAAUUUUGUGUUUUUCUAGGAAAUUCUAUUAUUACUAUGUAUUGUAGGUUUGGUUGUAUUGAUGCUGCUAAUUUGGUAUUUGGCAUGAUGACAAGGAAAGAUUUGGUUUCUUGGAAUUCUUUGAUCAUGGGUUAUGUACAAGAGAAUGAGACAGAGAAAGCUUAUGAACUUUUUGAAAAGAUGCCUAGAAAGGAUGUAGUUUCUUGGACUACCAUGAUUAUGGGUUUUUUUGGUGAAGGACAAACUGAUAAAGCUGUUGAGUUGUUUAGAAUGAUGCCCGAGAAAGAUGAUGUUGCUUGGACUGUAGUAAUUUCAGGGUUUGUCAGCAAUGAGAUGUACGAGGAGGCUUUUCGCUGGUUCACUGCUAUGCUUCAGAAAUCAGUAAAGCCAAAUUCUCUUACUUUGAGCAGUUUGUUGAGUGCGUCAGCCAAUUCAGCAAUACUAAGCAACGGGCAGCAGCUCCAUGCACAAGCAAUCAAGAUGCGUUUGGAAUUCGAUUUGUCAAUUCAAAAUUCACUUAUCUCGAUGUACUCCAAAUGUGGAAAUGUAGCCGAUGCCUGUCAAGUCUUUAUGAGCAUUAAAGAACCGAAUGUUGUUUCUUUUAAUACAAUGAUUGCCGGCUUUGCUCAGAAUGGAUUUGGUCAAGAAGCGCUUAAAUUGUUUGGGAAAAUGCAGAGUGAAGGCCAGGAGCCAAAUCCUAUAACCUUUCUAGCCGUUUUGUCUGCCUGCACCCAUGUUGGGUUCGUAGAAGUAGGAUGGGAACUCUUCAAAUCCAUGAAAUCUUUAUAUAACAUAGAACCUGGGCCUGACCAUUUUUCUUGCAUGGUUGAUCUCCUUGGCCGAGCUGGGUUGUUUGACGAAGCACUUGAUUUAAUCUAUUCAAUGCCCUUUGAUCCCCAUACUGGAGUUUGGGGAGCCCUCUUGGGUGCAAGCAUGACUCAUCUCCAUGUCGGUCUUGCCAAGCUUGCAGCUCAGCAGCUUAUUAAGUUGGAGCCCGAUAGUGCAACUCCUUAUGUUGUUUUGUCCAAAUUAUAUACCAUCCUGGGAAAGAAGAAAGAGGAAGACAAAGUAAGAACGGACAAGAAAUCCAAAAGGAUACAGAAGAGCCCUGGGUGUAGUUGGUUGAUGGUUAAGGACAAAGUUCAUUUGUUUCUCUCAGGAGAUCAAUCUCAUAAGGAUUCAGAAGAGAUUAGAGUUACAUUACAGACAAUUAUGAAGGAAAUGGAAGAGCUAGGUUGUUAUAGAUAAAUGGCUCCAUUCUUAAGCUCCUAAUAUUUUCCCUCCGUUGGUUCUUCUGCUGUAAUAGUUUCUACUAUCACAGGCUUGUGACUUUGUUCAAGCAGACCGUGCAUUGGUACUCGAUGUUUCCUGUCGGUUUUCCAAUGUGAACAAAAUGCCUUCAACAUCACUAGUAAUGUUCCAUUCCUGAAAGGUGCUAACUUGAUCAUUCCUUCUUUUCCUGCCACUGUGGUUAUUUAAUUUUUCGGAGUCAAGAAUUUAAUGCAGUCGGUAAGCGAGACUCAU